AUGGAUGAGACCCACACUUGUCUGCGAGAUCAAAUAUUGCCACAUCACAGACAAGCAGAUGCCGAAUCGUUAGGUAACAUACUUAAGUCCAUGUUCGUGGUUGAUCGUAUUUAUCGACCAAAGGAAAUCAUUUCAGACAUGGCAGAUAGGUAUCGGAUUGACAUAUCAUACACGCAAGCAUGGCGUGCCAAAACAUAUGUAAUAAAUGCAUUACAAGGAUCUCCGGAAGAGUCUUUCGGUAUAUUACGUGAGUACUGUCAUAAUUUGGAGCUUAAGAACCCAGGAACUAUGGUACGUAUUGAUGUCGAUCUGGAAAAUAGGUUCAAGUUUUUUUUCAUGUGUAUGGGGUGUUCUAUACGAGGGUUCCAACAAUUCUGUCGUCCGGUGAUAUGCAUUGAUGCUUCACACUUAAAAGGAAAGUAUCUUGGGUCUUUUUUCAUUGCUGUUGCCAAGGACGGUAAUAAUCAAAUUUACCCACUUGCAUUCGGUAUUGGGCACAAAGAGGGACUAGAUACAUGGACACCAUUUUUGACAUACCUUCGCAUGUGCAUUGGUGAUUUGCCGGAUUUGACUAUUAUUUCUGAUCGUCAUCAUUCAAUAAUUGCGGCGGUCGCGAACGUAAUGCCUCACGCUCGUCAUGGGUUUUGUAAUUUCCAUAUCAAGGGUAACAUGCGUUCGCAGUUCAAAAAUACUAAACAUAUUGAAGGAAUAUUUUGGAGAGCUGCUAAGGCAUAUCGUCUCACGGACUUUCAAGCCGCUAUGAAUAGAAUUGCUAGAGUAAAUCCCGCUGCAGCAAUCUAUUUGACCGACAUUGGGUAUGACAGAUGGGCACGUGCGCACUUUGGAGGAUGGCGGUACAAUAUUAUGACGACCAAUAUUGCUGAGUCCUUCAAUGCUUUAACACGGACUGCUCGCGCUUUGCCUAUCACUAUAUUGGUAGAGUUUCUUCGAAGCACGCUACAACAUUGGUUUUUCAAUAGGCGAAACAUGGCUGGUGAGAGAUCUCACCCGUUAACACCAUGGGCUGAGGACAAGCUUGCUCGGCAUGUGUUCAAAUUUGUCAACAUGAUUGUUAAACCAAUCAACAUGCAACAAUACGAAGUUCAUGACUCACGCCAACAAGUUUUCAUCCGGAAAAUCCAUCAAAUAGUUUCAUCGGAUAUCGAUACUUACAACAUAAUGGCAGGAAGACAGGCAUUUGCAAUCAACUAUCAAGAGGGGGCUUACAGAUUCCACGAUGCAUACCAAUUCCGUGUGCACAUGUCGCUUCGAACAAAAAUGGAUACUUUGACUGUAAUUAGGAAUAAACUAACAUUUAGUCAAAGAGCCAUUUUCCGCACAACAUGUUUUGGACAUUUAUUAGAUUUGGUGGAGCCACGGUUCAGUGCCGUUUUUAUUCAAGCAAUGUUGCUACGUAUGAUCAAUCGUGGGAACCCAGAUAGAGAAAUGUGGUUUAGAAUAAAUGGGGUUGAAUUCCGAUUCAGCCCUGUUGAGUUUGCACUCGUCACUGGUUUAAUUUUCGGGGAGGACAUGGACAUGUCCAGUUACGUUGAUUGCACGGAUACGCCUCGAUUAAGAGAGCAAUACUUCCCGAACAUUCACAGGUUGUUAUCUCAUGGGGAGAUUGAAGAAGCAUUCGACAAUGAAGUUUGGGGGGACAAUGAUGAUGAUGCAGUGAAGUUUGCAGUCUUAUGCAUUUAG